AUGGCUUCGAUGCAUGUGCGGCUGGCUUCCGGUGAGGAGGUGAUGACGCUUUCCGCAGAGGAGUUGCAAGCCUUGGCUUUGCUCGAGCGGCCAGUGCAUGUUCUGAAGCAGCGACUGGGAAGCCAUUGUGGUCAGACGCGCUACCGGCAGAGGCUCCUGUCUCAAGAUGGCCAGAUCCUCGGUGAUACAGCCCAGCUACCCGCAGCCGGUGAUCUGCAGCUGCUCGUUCUUCCUUUCGCGCGAGCUACGGAAUCCAAAGCCGAAGAGCUCAUUGUUGCAGCGGCCAACGAUGCGACCAAUGAGGUUGAGGCACUGCUCCAGAUGCCCCAGGAUCCGGACCUGCCGGAUGGCGAUGGCGACACGGCCUUGAACCUGGCCGCAGCUUUUGGUUGCAACGACAGCCUAGAGCUGCUGCUUGAAGCACGUGCAGAUGCGAGCCAAAGCAAUCGCCAUUGGCUCACACCCCUUAUCGCUGCAGCGGCGAACGGACGUUUGGGCACGACACGCUUGCUUUUAGAGGCUGGGGCCUCCCCAAACCCGACGGACAAGGACUCGGAGACUCCCCUCUUUGCAGCUGUGCGCUCUGGCCACUGGGAGGUGGCAGAGCUCCUGCUCCGUUCCGGGGCAGAUCUAGAGCACACCACGAAGGCCGGCAUGACUGCCCUGGGAGCGGCAGCACUGGGUGGUCACAGCCAUGUGGCGCGUUUGUUACUUGAGGCACGUGCGCAGAUUGAUCCGGUCGACAUUGCAGGCGAGACGCCUUUGUUCUAUGCUUCGCGCGACGGGAAAGAUGACGUCGCAUGUUUGUUGCUGAAGGCAGGUGCCGAAGCAGAUAAAGAGACGCCAGGAGGCCAGUUUCCCCUCCUCGCCGCUUGCCAUGGUGGCCACUUCGAUGUAGUCCGCCACCUACUGGAAGCGAAAUCGGUGGUUGACAGGACUGGGCCCGACCUUAAAACACCUCUCAUGAUCGCAUCCGGUUGUGGCUACACCCAAGUCGUAUGGUUGCUUCUGGAGAAGAGGGCGAGCAAAAGUGCUACAGACAUCUUCGGAGAGUCUGCGUAUCUGGCAGCAUGUCGGUCGCAGAAGCCAGAACUGAUCCAACUCUUCACUGGCACUGGGAUCCAGGACCUCUCUUGCAGCGAACCCUUGCUGCAGCUGGCAUACAUUCAGAUUACGAUGCAUGCGAUUGCAAUUGUCUUUUUUUCGUUCCGCGCAUGCCAUGUGGAGUUCCGGCAUUUCAGAAUACAGGGCGAUUCAAAAAUCUACCCUCAAUCCUACAAGGACACCCCGCAAACGUGCCUCAAAUGA